AUGCCCGUCAAAAUUUUGUUUCACCAACAGGCUACACCAGUAGUAGCAGAAACUCCUGUCCCGGUGACGGCGGAGCCGGUCGCGGAGACUGCCGAGCCUGUGAUACCCACCCUCGCGCCCGUCGAGGCUCCGCCUGUACCGACGCCGGAACCUGUCGAUACUCCAACACCGGGACCGGUGGGUGCACCGACGCCAACCACCGCGGCACCCGUAGCUCCGGUCGCGCCACCCGUAACAGAGGGCCCGAUGGUACCGUAUGUAUUUCGUGUUGACGUCUUUCCAGUGUUGGAGGUGUGA